AUUAGUUCUGCUUGAACACGUUUCUAUCUGUUAUUAUAAGGGAUGAAGACAACUAAGAGGGAAGCCCUAGCGUGGGCGAGAAUGCUGUCCCUGGCUGUCGCAUUAUCAGUCCUACUGACAUGCUGCGCGGCGCAAACGUUAGACGUUGAUGGCGAUAAGAUUGUCGAAGUGCUUACCAGGUUGGCCAACUUCUCGGAUCACGAAAAUCCGGCAGUCACUCGCAUCCUUUUCACGCCCAACGACAUGCUGGCCCGCAAAUUUGUGAAGGACCUCAUGCGGGAGGCAAACCUGGUCAUCAGGGAAGACCCCAUGGGCAACAUCUUCGGGCGCUGGGAGGGCAGCGACCCCACAGCCCCUGUGGUGCUCACUGGAUCGCACACGGACGCAAUCCCGCAAGCCGGCAUGUACGACGGCACGGUGGGGGUUAUUGGAGCCAUUGAGGCGGUGGCGGCUCUGCAGCGGGCGGGUUUCCGCCCCGCCCGCCCCCUUGAGGUGCUCAUGUUCUCCUCCGAGGAGCCCACCCGCUUCGGGCUGUCCUGCAGCGGCAGCCGGGCGCUGGCGGGGGCGCUGCGGGAGGAGGAGCUGGAGGGGCGGAGGGACGCGGAGGGGCGGCACUACCUGCAGGUCGCCAACGAGGUGGGCUACGGCGCCGCCUCCACCUCCCAGCUGCUGGCCACCAGCCGGCUGCCCCCGGGGGCGGUGGCGCACUUUGUGGAGCUGCACAUUGAGCAGGGCCCCCUGUUGGAGCGCGAGGGGGUGUCCAUCGGAGUGGUCACCGCCAUCGCCGCCCCCUCGGCCCUGGAGGUGGUGUUUGCCGGGGAGGGGGGGCAUGCGGGCGGCCAGCUGAUGCCCGACAGGAACGACGCGGGCCUGGCGGGUGCUGAGCUGGCCCUAGCGGUUGAGGCUGCCGUACUUGCCACCGGGGCCGCAGACACUGUGGGCACCACGGGGACGUUCGAGGUGGCCCCGGGGGCCGUCAACUCGGUGCCUAGGGAGGCGCGACUGGGCAUUGAUAUCCGCGACAUUGACGGGCCGCGACGUGACGGAGUGGUGGCGGCGGUGCUGGCGGCGGCACAGGAGAUCGCGGAGAAGCGCAAGGUCCGCCUGUCCAGUCGUGUUCUCAACCAGGACCCGCCCGCCACCUGCCACCCGGACAUAGUGGAGGCGGUGGCGGGGGCGGCGCAGCAGCUGGGGCUGGCCAGCAGGCGCCUGGUGUCGCGAGCCUACCAUGAUGCGUUGUUCAUGGCCAGGGUGGCCCCCACGGGCAUGAUCUUCAUCCCCUGCCGCAACGGCUGGAGCCACCGGCCCGACGAGUUCGCCUCGCCCGCCGACAUCGCCAACGGGGUGCGGGUGCUGGCGCUGACACUGGCGCGGUUGGCGGGCGGGGAGUGGGCCAAGAGCGAGCUGUGAGGGGGGCGGAGCACGUGGAGAUGGAGAUGUGGUUGUGAGCUUGUAACCUCUGUGAGGAAAGGGGUUGUGCAUGGACGGAUGGAUGGAAGGUGUCAAUGCGUCCGGCUGGCUGGAUGGGGAUGUGGGUGAGCUAAGGAGAGAGCUGCGAGGGGGUGGCGGGGCGUUGUGUGGGUUAGAUACAAAAGGUGUGGGACAGGUGGAUGCAGGGAUGUGGGUUGAUUCCGGUUGGUUCCGGUCGUUGUGCUGGGGCUUCUUGACGUGCGGGGUGUGUGGCGGCGGCAGCCGACGACCCGCCAUGUGUUUAAUAACUGUGCUAGGGAGGGGGGGCGUGGUGCUGAGUUGUGCGCUAGGGGACUGUAACGCUGAACCGGGUAUGUAUGUUAGGGCGGGCAUUGUAAUACCGGUACUACUAGGAUAGCUGUUGCUUUGCUGGGGGAAUGCGGAACACUUGUGCAUUUCCAGGUUGAGGAUGUUUCCAGAUGUUGGGGAAAAUGUAGAUAAGUGCAUUAACGGAGUCCUAAUCCCGAAUCCCGACUCAUGCAGUGAGCGCAUUCGGAGACCCUAUUCUAGAAACACGCAACUCAGAGACUUGUUGGGGGCGGGGGCGUUCAAUUGGGUGUGAUCAGCAGCUCAUGAGGGUGGCUUGCCUGCAUGCAUGCUUGUGGUUGGGGUUCUGUGGUGCUGUGCGGUUGAAUAUCGGCAGCUAGCUUCCCUAAGAUGUGAUUGGAAGGUUGCGACUUGUAGGGGAGGGCCUGCAGUGUCCUGUGCUCCGACCGCGUUAGGAAGGAGGAUACUAAGCUGCGGAAGCUUUACCAUGUAAACUGCCAUGAAAG